AGGCAUAGAACAGAACAGUUACCUAGGGAACUUGCUUGCUUACCACAAAACCCGUCUUUGUCUUGGGCUGCUUCUCUCUUGUCUCAUAUGCGUUUUCUAAACCCUUUUUCACUCACGUGCCUUCAUUUUCACUUAAAAAGCUUCUGUCUUUGCUUCUGGGCAUCUCAGAUUCUCACCUGAUUUUCCAUUCCGUAACUAGUUACCUCGACUUCCACAGUCACAUUCACUCUUCAUCUUCUCAAAGGUUUGAUGAACAUCAUUUAUAGGAUUUAAGGUGGAAUGAGUUCAUUGGUUUGAUUCUGGUGGGUGGUUUCUUUGUGAAGCAAUGGAAGGGAAUUUGCCACAGGGUGGUACUGUUCAAGGUGGAGCUUCUUUUGGUGGUUUUGAUUUGCCUGCUUCAAUGCGGCUUCAUCACCAAUCACAGCAUGCGCCGCAUGCCAUGACCCAGCAUCAAAAUCAUCCUUGCCAUGGGUCUUCGGGGAAGUCCUCGAAUUUUCCACUUACAAUGUGUGAUCAGACUAUGUCAAUGGCUGAGUUUGGUAAGGGAGAUAGAAACAAAAACUCAUUAAGCGAUGAAGAAGAGCCGAGUUUGACUGAAGAUGGUGGUGAGGGUCAUCAUGAAGCAGGCAGAACGAAGAAGGGGUCGCCUUGGCAACGGAUCAAGUGGACCGAUAAGAUGGUGAAGCUUAUGAUAACAGCUGUUUCAUAUAUAGGCGAAGAUUCGACUUCUGAUGGUGCCGGAAGAAGAAAAUUCAUGGUCCUUCAAAAAAAGGGCAAAUGGAAGACUAUUUCCAAGGCCAUGGCUGAAAGGGGUUAUCAUGUUUCCCCUCAGCAAUGUGAGGAUAAAUUCAAUGAUCUCAAUAAACGCUAUAAAAGGCUUAAUGAAAUGCUUGGCAGGGGUACUUCUUGUCAGGUUGUUGAAAAUCCGGCCCUGUUGGAUGUAAUUGACUAUCUUUCUGAGAAAGAAAAGGAUGAUGUUCGGAAAAUACUAAACUCAAAACAGCUUUUUUAUGAGGAGAUGUGUUCUUACCAUAAUAAUAAUAGAUUGCAUUUACCCCAUGACAUUGCAUUGCAACGAUCACUGCAGCUAGCUCUCCGAAGUAGAGAUGAUCAUGACGAAGAUGAUCAAGAUAUGGAAACUGAUGAUCAUGAUGAAUUUGAAGAGAAUCAUGCUUCCCAUGGGGAUUGCAGAGGAAUCCACGGGGCAUUAGUCGGACCUAUGAAGAAAUUAAAACAAGGACAAGACCAAGAAGAUUCUUCUACUUUUGGGAAUUCUCUAAAUUGUCAAGAAUAUAACAAAAGUUUGCACACUCAUGGACAGAUGGUCCAAUCAGAUGUAAAUCAAGCUUUACCUGAAAACUUGAGAGCAGCAUGGUUACAGAAGCAAUGGGUUGAGUCUCGCGCAAUUCAGUUAGAAGAACAGAAAUUACAGAUACAGAUCGAGAUGUUGGAAGUAGAGAAGCAGAGAUUCAAGUGGCAGAAGUUCAGUAAGAAGAAAGAUCGGGAGUUGGAGAAGUUGAAGCUGGAGAAUGAAAGGAUGAAGCUUGAGAACGAACGUCUUGCUUUAGAGCUGAAGCGAAAGGAAUUGGUUUCUGGUUUGAACUAGGUUAGCAAAUUUUACUUACAAGCUUUUUGGCAAUUACUUUACAUGCAAGGUCCUUCCUUUCGAGUUUUUAGUUUAGUUAUCUUUGGUUCGUUUUAGGCGAAAGUAUACAUUUUUGGUGGGGAAACUUAGGAAACAAUUAAUCAUUCUCAGCCAUUGGAAUUAGAUUUGGGAACUUCACAAUUCGAGUCGGUGAUGCACGAUGAUCUCUGCGGAGGCUUUGCCGACGAUGGUCCUAUAUUUAAACAUUGGUGGAUCUAAGAUCUCUUUUAUUUUGGAAUAUUAAUGAGUUAACUUAGCAGCUAUAUGUUUCCA